AUGCCGUCGGAAUCACCGUCAAAGAUCACAAGUAACGAAGAAAAGCCUAUUUACUUACAAGCUUUCACCGAAAAUAACUUGCCGACUUCGGAUUGGGGUCCUAAACGAAAAGAUGAUCAAACAGGUCUUUAUCAACGAAUGAAAGAGUCGUUUACCAAUGGUGGAUUGUCUUCAUCUAAUAAUUCAAUAUUACCAUCAACCGUUGUUGAUCAUUCAAAUGAUUAA